AUGUCCCUCCCCACACCUCGCUUCCAAAAGCCUGCCGAACCCUCCCUGCCGACCCCCCCCUGCCGAACCCUCCCUGCCGAACCCCCCCUGCCGAACCCUCGCUCCAUCCCGGCCCAGGCCAAUUCUGUAUUUUUUAAGCUAACAACACAGAUCCCAUGUAGUUGGAGAACCAAAGGCCUCAUACAUGACAAAAAGACUGAACCGUUCAGGUUACUUGCAUGGAGUUGGUGCUUAAAUGAUGAGCAGUUCUUAGGUUUUGGCUCAGAUGAAGAAGUCAGAGUACGAAGUCCCACCAGGUCUCCUUCAGCUAAGAGUAGCCCUCGGAAACCCCGCGGCCGGCCUCGCAGCGGCUCCGACCGGACCCCGCUCCUCCCAGACCCGCCCGCGUUCCCCCCGCUCAGUAAACCAGAGACCAGACCUGGGGAUAAGAUCAAGAAGAAAGACUCUAAAAGCUUAGAAAAGAAGCGAGGAAGACCUCCCACCUUCCCUGGAGUAAAAAUCAAAAUCACGCAUGGAAAGGACAUUGCCGAAUUACCGAAGGGCAGCAAAGACGACAGCCUGAAAAAGCUCAAACGGACCCCGUCCGCCACGUUUCAGCAAGCCACCAAGAUCAAAAAGUUAAGAGCGGGCAAGCUCUCCCCCCUCAAGUCCAAGUUUAAGGCCGGGAAGCUGCAGAUCGGAAGGAAGGGGGUGCAGAUCGUCCGGCGGCGCGGGAGGCCGCCCUCCGCCGAGAGGGUCAAGGCCCCGGCCGGCCUCCUCCUCAACUCGCACCUGGACAAGCCCCAGAAGGUGCGCAGGGACGCGGACGCGGCCCCGGCCCUCGCCAAGGAAGACAAGGCGGUGGUCAGACAGAGCCCGCGGCGGGUGAAGCCCGUCAGGAUCAUCCCUUCCUCCAAAAGGACGGACGCCACCAUCGCCAAGCAGCUCCUGCAGCGGGCGAAGAAGGGGGCGCAGAAGAAGAUCGAGAAGGAGGCGGCCCAGCUGCAGGGCCGGAAGGUGAAGACGCAGGUCAAGAACAUCCGGCAGUUCAUCAUGCCCGUGGUCAGCGCCAUCUCCUCGCGGAUCAUCAAAACCCCCCGCCGCUUCAUCGAGGACGAGGACUACGACCCGCCCAUCAAGAUCGCGCGCCUGGAGCCCGCGCCCAGCAGCCGCUUCGGCGCCGCCUCCUGCGGGUCCUCCGAGAAGUCGAGCGCCGCCUCGCAGCACUCCUCGCAGCUGUCCUCCGACUCGUCGCGCUCCAGCAGCCCCAGCGUGGACACCUCCACCGACUCCCAGGCCUCCGAGGAGAUCCAGGGGCUCCCCGAGGAGCAGAGCGACGCCCCCGAAGCGCACGCCCCGCUGCCCGUUGCCCAGUCCCCGGAAAGCGACCGGAACGACCGGAGAGGCAGGAGGUACUCGUCCGAGAGGAGUUUUGGGUCGAGGACGACGACGAAGAAGCUGUCCGCGCUGCCCAGCGCGCCCCCGCCGCCGGCCUCCGCCUCGCCGCCCCCGCCGCUGCUGUCGCCGCCGCCGCCCCUGCAGCCGGCCGCCGGCCUCUCGGACCCCACGCCCUGGCUGCUGCCCCCCACCAUCCCGCUGGCGUCGCCCUUCCUGCCCGCGCCCGCCGCGCCCAUGCCGGGCAAGCGCAAGUCCAUCCUGCGGGAGCCCACGUUCCGCUGGACGUCGCUGAAGCACUCGCGCGCCGAGCCGCAGUUCUUCUCCUCCGCCAAGUACGCCAAGGAGGGGCUCAUCCGCAAGCCCGUCUUCGACAACUUCCGGCCGCCGCCGCUCACGCCCGAGGACGUGGGCUUCGCCUCGGGCUUCGCGGCGCCGGGCGCGGCCGCGCGGCUCUUCUCGCCGCUGCACGCGGGGCCCCGGUUCGACGUGCACAAGAGGAGCCCGCUGCUGCGGGCGCCGCGCUUCACGCCCAGCGAGGCGCACUCCCGCAUCUUCGAGUCCGUCACCCUGCCCGGCGGCCGGGCCCCCGCGGCCGCGCCCGGCGCGUCCAGCCGCAAGAGGAAGAGGAGGGUGUUCAGCCCGCUGCGCGCCGAGCCCCGGUCGCCCUCGCACUCCAUGAGGACGCGCAGCGGCCGGCUGAGCGCCGCCGAGCUGUCGCCGCUCACGCCGCCGCCCUCCGUGGCCUCCUCCCUGAGCCUCUCCGUGAGCCCUCACGCCGCCAGUGCCUUAAACCCCGCCUUCACCUUCCCCGCGCACCCGCUGGCCCCCGGGGAGGCCGCCGAGAAGACCCCGAGGCCGCGGAAGCCGCCCGGCGCCCCCGCGGAGCCCUUCGCCGCCGGCAGCCCGACGACGCCGCUCUUCCCCUGGUUCACCCCCGGCGCGCAGCCCGACCGGGGCCGGACCAGGGACCGGGCUCCCGAGGAGCCGGCCCGGGAGCGGGACGCCGACAAGAGCGCGGAGAAGGACAAGAGCCGAGAGCGGGACCGCGAGCGGGAGAAGGAGAACAAGCGGGAGUCCCGCAAAGAGAAGCGGAAGAAGGGGUCCGAGCCCCCGGGCAGCUCCGCCUUGUACCCCGCGGGCAGGGUUUCCAAAGAGAAGGCGGGCGCGGAGGAGGGGGCCGCGCCGUCCUCUGCCAAGAAGGUCACGGGGCGGAAGAAGUCUUCGUCCCUCGAUUCUGGGCCCGAGGUGGCUGCCGUGACCCUUGGGGACUCAACCGCUGUCAAAACCAAAAUACUGAUCAAGAAAGGGCGAGGGAGCCUGGACAAGGCCGCCCUGGACCUCGGCCCCGCCGCCGCGCUCGAGAAGGAGAAGGCGCCCUGCCCGCCCGCGCCCCGCGCCCGCGUGAAGCAUGCCGCGUCCUCCAUCGGCUCCAUGCUGGCGCAGGCGGACAAGCUCCCCAUGACCGACAAGAGGGUCGCCAGCCUCCUCAAAAAGGCCAAGGCCCAGCUCUGCAAGAUCGAGAAGAGCAAGAGUCUGAAACAAACCGACCAGCCCAGAGCACAGGGUCAAGAAAGUGAUUCAUCAGAGACCUCUGUGCGAGGACCCCGGAUUAAACACGUCUGCAGAAGAGCGGCUGUUGCCCUUGGCCGGAAACGCGCUGUGUUUCCUGAUGACAUGCCCACCCUGAGUGCCUUACCGUGGGAAGAACGAGAAAAGAUCUUGUCUUCCAUGGGGAAUGAUGACAAGUCCUCAAUCGCUGGCUCAGAAGAUGCCGAACCUCUGGCUCCGCCCAUCAAACCAAUCAAACCCGUCACCAGAAACAAGGCGCCCCAGGAGCCCCCCGUGAAGAAGGGACGGCGCUCCAGGCGGUGUGGGCAGUGUCCCGGCUGCCAGGUGCCCGAGGACUGUGGUGUCUGUACUAACUGCUUGGACAAGCCCAAGUUCGGUGGCCGCAACAUAAAGAAGCAAUGCUGCAAGAUGAGAAAGUGUCAGAAUCUACAGUGGAUGCCUUCCAAAGCCUAUCUUCAGAAGCAAGCAAAAGCUGUGAAAAAGAAAGAGAAAAAGUCCAAGACCAGUGAAAAGAAAGAGAGUAGUAAAGAGAACAGUGUUGUGAAGAGCGUAGUGGACGCCAAUCAGAAGCCCACCCCGUCAGCACGCGAGGACCCUGUCCCCAAGAAAAGCAACAGUGAGCCUCCCCCGCGGAAGCACGUAGACGAGAAGAGCGAGGACGGGUCCGCCUCUGCUCCGGGGCCUGAACCCAAACAAGCUACCACUCCAGCCUCCAGGAAGUCCAGCAAGCAGGCCUCCCAGCCAGCGCCAGCGCCCCCCCCACCGCCACCCAGCACAGCGCCACCCAGGAAAGACGUCCCCAAGGCAGCUCCUAGCGAGCCCAAGAAGAAGCAGCCCCCACCGCCGGACUCAGGUCCAGAGCAAAGCAAGCAGAAAAAAGUGGCUCCUCGCCCAAGUAUUCCUGUAAAACAAAAACCAAAAGAAAAGGAAAAACCACCUCCCGUCAGCAAGCAGGAGAGCGCAGGCACUCUGAACAUCCUCAGCGCUCUCUCCAACGGCAGCAGCUCUAAGCAGAAGGUCCCAGCAGAUGGAGUCCACCGGAUCAGAGUGGACUUCAAGGAGGAUUGUGAAGCCGAGAACGUGUGGGAGAUGGGUGGCCUGGGCAUCCUGACCUCGCUCCCCAUCACACCCAGGGUGGUGUGCUUCCUCUGUGCCAGCAGCGGGCAUGUGGAGUUUGUGUAUUGCCAAGUCUGCUGUGAGCCCUUCCAUAGGUUUUGUUUAGAGGAGAACGAGCGCCCCCUGGAGGACCAGCUGGAAAACUGGUGUUGCCGUCGCUGCAAGUUCUGUCACGUGUGUGGAAGGCAGCAUCAAGCCACAAAGCAGCUGCUGGAAUGUAAUAAGUGCCGAAACAGCUAUCACCCUGAGUGCCUAGGACCUAACUACCCCACCAAACCUACAAAGAAAAAGAAAGUCUGGAUCUGCACCAAGUGUGUGCGCUGCAAGAGCUGCGGAUCUACCACCCCAGGCAAAGGCUGGGAUGCACAGUGGUCCCACGACUUCUCACUGUGCCACGACUGUGCCAAACUCUUUGCUAAAGGAAACUUCUGCCCGCUCUGCGAUAAGUGUUAUGACGAUGACGACUAUGAGAGCAAGAUGAUGCAGUGUGGGAAAUGUGAUCGCUGGGUCCAUUCCAAAUGUGAGAACCUUUCAGGUACAGAAGAUGAGAUGUAUGAGAUUCUGUCUAGUCUGCCAGAAAGCGUGGCCUACACGUGUGUGAACUGUACCGUGCGGCACCCUGCGGAGUGGCGGCUGGCCCUCGAAAAGGCGCUGCAGAGCUCCCUGAAGCAGGUGCUGACGGCCUUGUUGAACUCUCGGACCACCAGCCAUUUGUUACGCUACCGACAGGCUGCCAAGCCUCCAGACUUAAACCCCGAGACAGAGGAGAGCCUACCUUCCCGCAGCUCCCCGGAGGGCCCGGACCCGCCUGUGCUCACUGAGGUCAGCAAGCAGGAGGACCAGCAGCCUUUAGAUCUGGAAGGGGUCAGGAGGAAGAUGGACCAAGGGAGCUACACGUCUGUGUUGGAGUUCAGUGAUGAUAUCGUGAAGAUCAUCCAAGCAGCCAUUAAUUCAGAUGGAGGGCAGCCGGAGAUUAAAAAAGCCAACAGCAUGGUCAAGUCCUUCUUCAUUCGGCAAAUGGAACGUGUUUUUCCAUGGUUCAGUGUCAAAAAGUCCAGGUUUUGGGAACCAAAUAAAGUAUCAAGCAACAGUGGGAUGCUACCCAACGCAGUGCUUCCACCUUCACUUGACCAUAAUUAUGCUCAGUGGCAGGAGCGAGAGGACAGCGGCCACACUGAGCAGCCUCCUCUAAUGAAGAAAAUCAUUCCGGCUCCCAAACCUAAAGGGCCUGGAGAACCAGACUCGCCCACCCCCCUGCACCCUCCCACGCCGCCGGCUUUGAGUACUGAUAGGAGUCGAGAAGAUAGUCCAGAACUGAACCCACCCCCAGGCAUAGAAGAUAACAGACAAUGUGCAUUGUGUUUGACUUACGGUGAUGACAGUGCUAAUGAUGCUGGCCGCCUGCUGUACAUUGGCCAGAAUGAGUGGACACAUGUCAACUGCGCGCUGUGGUCGGCGGAAGUGUUUGAAGACGAUGACGGGUCACUGAAGAACGUGCACAUGGCUGUGAUCCGGGGCAAGCAGCUGCGAUGCGAAUUCUGCCAAAAGCCGGGCGCCACUGUGGGCUGCUGCCUCACCUCCUGCACCAGCAACUACCACUUCAUGUGCUCCCGGGCCAAGAACUGUGUCUUCCUGGACGAUAAGAAGGUGUACUGCCAGCGGCACCGCGAUGUGAUCAAAGGCGAGGUGGUUCCCGAGAAUGGAUUUGAAGUCUUUAGAAGAGUGUUUGUGGACUUUGAAGGAAUCAGCUUGAGGAGGAAGUUCCUUAAUGGCUUGGAACCAGAAAAUAUUCACAUGAUGAUUGGCUCCAUGACAAUCGACUGCUUGGGAAUUCUCAAUGAUCUGUCUGACUGUGAGGACAAGCUGUUUCCAAUUGGAUACCAGUGUUCCCGCGUGUACUGGAGCACCACGGACGCCCGCAAGCGCUGCGUGUACACGUGCAAGAUCGUGGAGUGCCGCCCGCCGGCCGUGGAGCCGGACAUCAACAGCACCGUCGAGCAUGACGAAAACAGGACCAUUGCCCACAGUCCAACAUCUUUUGCAGAAAUGUCAUCUAAAGAAAGUCAAAACGCAGCUGAAAUUGUAAGUCCUUCAUCACCAGACCGACCUCCUCAUACGCAAACCUCUGGUUCCUGUUUUUAUCAUGUCAUCUCAAAGGUUCCUAGGAUUCGAACACCCAGUUAUUCUCCAACACAGAGGUCCCCUGGCUGUCGGCCACUGCCUUCUGCAGGAAGCCCUACUCCAACCACUCACGAAAUCGUCACGGUGGGCGACCCUUUGCUCUCCUCGGGGCUCCGAAGCAUCGGCUCCAGGCGGCACAGUACUCCGUCCUCAGCACCCCAGCAGUCGAGACUCCGGAUGAUGUCUCCAGUGAGAACGGGGAGCACUUACUCCAAGAAUAGUGGCUCCUCCGUCUCCACCCCGGGGGCCACUGCGGACCUGGAGUCAAGUGCCAAGGCAGUGGAUCAUGUCUUAGGGCCACUGACUUCAAAUACCAACUUAAGGCAAAACACUCCCACCUCUUCCAGUUUGCAGAGGACAGUGGUGAUGAUGGCCACCAAAACCAGUCACGUGGAUGGCUCUUCAUCUUCAGAAAUGAAGCAUCCCAGCGCUUCAGACCUGGCCUCCAGCAGCUCCUCUUUGAAAGGAGAGAAGACCAAAAUGCUGAGUUCCAAGAGUUCCGAGGGCGCCGCUCAUAACGUGGCCCACCCCGGCCUCCCCAAACCGGCUCCGCAGCGUCAUAGUCCACCAUCUGGCGAACCAAAUGUUAGUAAAAUGGGCGCGUUUGUGGAAUUCUCUUCGGUGCCGUUUUCCUCCAGAGAGGCCCUCCCCCUCCCGCCGCUCCAUCUGAGAGGGCAGAGGAAUGAUUGGGACCCGCAUCCAGACCCCACCCAGGCAGGGAGUCCCCCCGCUGAGGGCGACACGGACAUCAAAACCUUGAAGCUGUCGGGGGUGAGCAACCGAUCAUCUAUCAUCAACGAACAGGUGGGAUCUAGCUCCAGAGACAGGAGACAGAAAGGGAAAAAGACUUGUAAAGAAACCUUCAAAGAAAAGCGUUCCAGUAAGUCCUUCCUGGAGCCUGGUCAGGUCGCCGCUGGUGAGGAAGGACACCUAAAGGCGGAGUUUGCAGAUGAAGGUUUGACUCCUGAGUUUCCAGGGCAACGGCCAUGUAACAACGUGUCUUCUGAUAAGAUUGGGGACAAAGUCCUUGCUGCUUCUGGAGUCCCCAAAGCUCCGUCCGUGCAGGGAGAAGGCCCUGCCACGGAAUUACAGACGCCCCGAAAACGCACGGUCAAAGUCACACUGACACCCCUGAAGAUGGAAGGUGAGAGUCAGUCCAGAAAUGCCCUGAAGGAAAGCAGCCCUGCUUCCCCUUUGCACAUGGAGUCAGCCUUGCCAGCAGAGCCCGUGUCAGCCUCCGGAAGUCCAGGAGCUGGGCCAGUGGCCCAGCCAAGCCCCAGCAACACCUCCUCCCAGGAGCCCCCGAGCAACAGCUACCAGACUCUUCCCGUCCAGGACAGGAAUCUCAUGCUUCCUGACGGCCCCAAGCCCCAGGAGGACGGGUCUUUCAAAAGGAGGUACCCCCGCCGGAGCGCCCGGGCCCGCUCCAACAUGUUCUUCGGGCUCACCCCCCUCUACGGAGUCCGGUCCUACGGGGAAGAAGACCUUCCGUUCUACAGCAGCUCAACGGGGAAGAAACGAGGCAAGAGGUCGGCCGAAGGGCAGGUGGAUGGGGCUGAUGACUUGAGCACUUCCGACGAGGACGACCUGUACUAUUACAACUUCACCCGGACGGUGAUCGCGGCGGGGGCAGAGGAGCGGCUGGCGGCCCACAACCUGUUUCGGGAGGAGGAGCAGUGUGAUCUCCCGAGAAUCUCACAGCUGGAUGGUGUUGACGACGGGACGGAGAGCGAUACCAGUGUCACGGCCACCACGAGGAAGACCGGCCAGAUUCCAAAAAGAAACGGGAAAGAGAACGGGACAGAGAGCCUCAAGCUGGACCGGCCCGAAGACGGGGAGAAGGAACAUGUCAUCAAGAGUUCUGUGGGCCACAAAAGCGAGCCCAAGGCAGAGAACUGCCACUCGGUGAGCCGAGGGAAGGCCCAGGGGCAGGACUCCCUGGAGGCUCAGCUCAGCUCCUUGGAGUCCAGCCGCAGGGUCCACACCAGCGCCCCCUCGGACAAGGCCUUGCUGGACACCUACAACCCCGAGCUCCUGAAGUCGGACUCCGACAACAACAACAGCGACGACUGCGGGAACAUCCUGCCCUCGGACAUCAUGGACUUUGUCCUGAAGAACACGCCCUCCAUGCAGGCCUUGGGGGAGAGCCCGGAGUCCUCGUCCUCGGAACUCCUGAACCUGGGCGAGGGCCUGGGCCUCGACAGCAACCGUGAGAAGGACAUGGGUCUGUUCGAAGUGUUUUCUCAGCAGCUGCCGACCGCGGAGCCUGUGGACAGCAGCGUCUCUUCGUCCAUCUCAGCCGAAGAGCAGUUCGAGCUGCCGCUGGAGCUGCCGUCCGACCUCUCGGUGCUGACCACGCGGAGCCCCACGGUCCCCGGCCAGAACCCCGGCAGGCUAGCCGUCAUCGCAGACGCAGCAGAGAAGAGAGUCGCCAUCCCGGAGAAGCCCGUGGCCGCCUCCGAGGAUGACCCAGCGCUGCUGAGCCCGGGAGUCGACCCCGCGCCCGAAGGCCACAUGACUCCCGACCGAUUCAUCCAGGGACACAUGGACGCCGACCUCGCCAGCCCCCCGUGCGGCGCAGUGGAGCAGAGCCGUGGCAGCAGUCAGGAUUUAACUCGGAGCAGCAGCACCCCUGGCCUCCAGGUACCGGCUUCCCCUUCUGUGCCCAUCCAGAACCAGAAAUACGGGCCCAGUUCUGCCGAGAGCCCCGGCCCGUCUCAGAUCUCUAAUGCGGCCGUGCAGACCACGCCUCCCCACCUGAAGCCGCCCACCGAGAAGCUCAUUGUCGUUAACCAGAACAUGCAGCCACUUUACGUGCUCCAGACUCUGCCGAACGGCGUGACCCAGAAAAUCCAGCUGACCUCUUCCGUUAGUUCUGCACCCAGCGUGAUGGAGGCAACCCCUUCCGUGCUGGGGCCCAUGGGCAGUGGCCUCGCGCUGACCACGGGGCUAAACCCAGGCUUGCAGACACCUCAGCCUCUUUUCCCUCCUGCUGGCAAAGGCUUGCUGCCCGUGCCUCACCACCAGCACUUACACCCCUUCCCCACAGCUGCUCAGGGCAGUUUCCCGCCCACCAUCAGCAGUUCUCCUCCAGGCCUGCUCAUUGGGGUGCAGCCUCCUCCAGAUCCCCAACUUCUGGUGUCUGAAGCCAGCCAGAGGACAGACCUCAGCACCACGGUAGUCACUCCGUCCUCUGGACUCAAGAAAAGACCCAUAUCUCGCCUGCAGACCCGAAAGAAUAAGAAGCUUGCUCCCUCUAGCACCCCUUCAAACAUUGCCCCCUCCGAUGUGGUUUCUAACAUGACACUGAUUAACUUCACACCCUCCCAGCUUCCAAAUCACCCCAACCUGUUAGAUUUGGGGUCACUUAACACGUCAUCUCACCGGACUGUCCCCAACAUCAUAAAAAGGUCUAAGUCCGGCGUCAUGUAUUUUGAACAGGCACCCCUGUUACCACAGACGGUGGGCGGACCUGCCACAGCGACGGGCACGUCGACCGGGAGCCAGGACACUGGCCACCUCGCUUCGGGGCCCGUGGCCGGCUUGGCGUCCGGUUCCUCAGUCUUGAAUGUCGUAUCCAUGCAAACGACAACAGCCCCUACGAGUAGUGCGUCGUUUCCGGGACAUGUUGCGUUGACCAACCCGCGGUUGCUGGGCGCCCCAGACACUGGCCCCAUAAGCAACCUGUUGAUUAAAGCCAGCCAGCAGGGCCUGGGGAUCCAGGACCAGCCCGGGGCUCUGCCGCCCAGCUCGGGAAUAUUCCCCCAGCUGGGGUCGCUGCAGACCCCCUCCACCGCGGCGAUGACGGCUGCAUCUGGCGUCUGCGUCCUCCCCUCGACGCAGACAGGGGUCCUAGCGGCCGCCUCCCCCUCCAGGGACGCCGAAGAUCACUAUCAGCUUCAGCAUGUGAGCCAGCUCCUGGCCAGCAAAGCGGGAAUUCUCCCUUCCCAGCGGGAUCCUGAAGCUGCUCCAGGGACCCAGGGGCCGGGCUUGGCGCAGACAGCAGACGCUCCUAACAGCCUGGGGCUGGAGCCAAAGAGGGCGGCCUCCUCUGCCGGACAGGCCCGCGCGGCCUCCCCUGCGGGCUCCCCCUCCUCUGGACCCCAGUCCACAAGCCCCUCCGUGCCAGGCGCUCACCCCAAACCAAAAAGCAAGCGCAUCCAGCUGCCUUUGGACAAAGGGAAUGGCAAGAAGCACAAGGUUUCCCACCUGCGGACCAGCUCCUCGGAAGCACACGUUCCGGACCAGGAGGCCCUCACGUCCUCCCUGACCUCGUCCACAGGGGCCCCCGCAGCAGAGGCCGAGCAGCAGGACACAGCUGAUGGGGAGCCGGCGGCACAGGAGUGUGGGCAGCCCCCGGGGCAAAUGGCUGUUCUUCCUGAGGUUCAGACAACACAAAAUCCAGGAAAUGAACAAGAAAGUACAGACCCGAAGGCGGCGGAGGAGGAAGAUGGAGGCUUCAGCUCGCCGCUCAUGCUCUGGCUGCAGCAGGAACAGAAGCGCAAGGAAAGCAUCACUGAGAAAAAGCCCAAGAAAGGCCUGGUGUUUGAAAUUUCCAGUGACGACGGCUUCCAGAUCUGUGCGGAGAGCAUUGAAGAUGCCUGGAAGUCGCUGACAGACAAAGUCCAGGAAGCGCGGUCCAAUGCCCGGCUAAAGCAGCUGUCGUUUGCAGGUGUGAAUGGCUUGCGGAUGCUGGGGAUUCUGCACGACGCGGUCGUGUUCCUGACCGAGCAGCUGUCGGGCGCCAAGCACUGUAGGAAUUACAAGUUCCGUUUCCACAAACCGGAGGAGGCCAAUGAGCCGCCCCUGAACCCUCACGGCUCAGCCCGGGCCGAGGUGCACCUGAGGAAGUCUGCGUUUGACAUGUUUAACUUCCUGGCUUCCAAGCACCGGCAGCCGCCUGAGUACAACCCCAACGACGAGGAGGAGGAGGAGGUGCAGCUGAAGUCGGCCCGGAGGGCGACUAGCAUGGACCUGCCCAUGCCCAUGCGCUUCCGGCACUUGAAGAAGACGUCUAAAGAGGCUGUUGGUGUCUACAGGUCUCCCAUCCAUGGCCGGGGUCUCUUUUGUAAGAGAAACAUCGAUGCGGGUGAGAUGGUGAUCGAGUACGCUGGCAAUGUCAUCCGCUCCAUCCAGACUGACAAGAGAGAGAAGUACUAUGACAGCAAGGGCAUCGGCUGCUACAUGUUCCGCAUCGAUGACUCCGAGGUGGUGGACGCCACCAUGCAUGGCAACGCUGCCCGCUUCAUCAACCACUCAUGCGAGCCCAACUGCUACUCCCGGGUCAUCAACAUCGAUGGACAGAAGCACAUCGUCAUCUUUGCGAUGCGCAAGAUCUACCGCGGGGAGGAGCUCACCUACGACUACAAGUUUCCCAUCGAGGACGCCAGCAACAAGCUGCCCUGCAACUGUGGCGCCAAGAAAUGCCGGAAGUUCCUCAACUGAAGCUGCUCCUCCCCCCAGUGCCGGGACCGGGGCCACCUUCGCCAGAGCCGGGAGUUGGGGCCUGAGGGGCCUCCCAGGUGGCUGAGCCCUGUGUCCUGUAUUCACAUUAGACAUGUGAUCAGAGUCCUGGGGAGAGAGGAGGUCUCAGAGAAGAUCCGGGACCUGCCUUCUGCCGGGGCCCCCUGUUGUGUGCUGUUCAGAAAUGGGGAGAGGGGUCCCUAGUACACUUGCCUGGAAGGAGCUCUGGGUUCAUUGCGUUGGGAGGUUGGGCCUGAGCCUCUCCUCAGAGAGAAGUGGCCGUCCUCUCUGUGGCCCUUUCCCACGCCCUUCAGCCAGGGGCCAGGCAGAGCCCUGGGUGGGGGUGGUUUGGUCCCUGAUCGCUUGCCGGCGGGCCCAGCUGGAGCCGUCGGGGAACAAACAGGAGGCGGGUGGUUUCCCUGCCUUCCCAGGGAGCACUCGCUUCUGGUUGGGAAAGGGGAUUCUGUGUUGGGGUUGUGCCAAUUAAUUAGCAAACACCGAGCCUGUGGCUGUAAGCGGGAGUCCGUCCCCAUGAGCCUUAUCUCAGCCAGUUUCCCUCCUUGACCGCAGGAGCGGCUUCCUCCUCACUCCUCUUCACUCCACUUCCCUCGUUUUCCCUGCUCGGCCUCCACUGCUUUCCCAUUCUCUCUGGGUGGAGGAGACCGAGACUCCUGCUCAAGGACACUCCCUGUGGGCAUACUGUGCGCCUCCGAAUGUCCCCUGAGCCUGGAGGCACUCCCAGUGGGAGGUGGACAGGAGGCCUUGGCCAGAACCAGACAGAAUGAGGCGUUUUCUCAAAACUCCGCUGAGAGUUUUAGAGAAACGUCCGGAGCCUGAUAUUUGAGACGAGGGAAAGGUUGUUUCAAUAGUUGAGUCAUGCAGCAACCAGAGCAUCGGGCCAGGGUGCCUCUGGGCCCCAUCCCUAGGCCACGGUGACCAUUUUCCCUUCAUGACGACAUAGGAAGACUUGAUCUUUAAAGGGUCCAUGUCCAGUUGAAGGCACAACACUAAUCAGAUUUCAAGGCCCAAACCUUGGGGACUGAGCACCUUGCAUUGAGGGGACUGCCACCUAUGCAAACUCCACGGCUAAGUGAGUUCAUGACACUACUGCCCUGCGCCCUCCCAUGUGGCCACCCGGACCCUCUGCUUCCUCCCUCCCCGAGACAGUGUCCCGACCUAUUAAAUUAAGUCAUCAGAUUUUACUCUGUUCUGUUUACAGUUUACUAUUUAAGGUUUUAUAAAUGUAAAUAUAUUUUGUAUAUUUUUCUAUGAGAAGCACUUCAUAGGGAGAAGCACUUAUGACAAGGCUAUUUUUUAAACCGCGGUAUUAUCCUAAUUUAAAAGAUCGGUUUUAAAUAAGUUUUUAUUUUCAUAGGAUGAAGUUAAAGAAACUAUUCAGCUGUACAUGCAAAGUCUGGUUUUUCCUGCCCAGCUCCCCCUGGAAGUUUCUGUUGUUUCAUGUGUAGUUUGUUUGUGCCCUGUUGACAUAAACGUUUCCUGGGUUUGCUCUUCGACAAUAAAAGGAAGGUCACCCAGCCCCUUGGGGCCGCUCCUCUUCUUUCCCCGCACUGGCCCCGAGCGGUGACCGUGCUCAUCUCCUUUCCCCCUUCACAGCGACCGAGCGGUUGGCACCUGACAUCCCCAUCACCCUCGGCCUCAGAUCACCUCGUUCCCCCCUUGCCCACUGAGCCCUCAUUCCUGCAGAGACCCCACUGAAGCUGAAGCAGUCUGACCGCUCCCCAGGGAGCAGAUCUGUUUCUCCGCCUCGGUCAGAGCGUGUAGUCCCUUCCCCCGGAGCCCCUCCCUGGGAAGUCCAGCCAAGCAAUACUCCGCCAGCUCUGCCCCGGCUCACGGCUCUGCUGUGCCUUCGCCCUGGGCUCCUGGGCUCCCGUGCCCUUAAGAACUUCGUGUGGUGGCUCUGCUGAAAGAUGCCGUUCCCCUGCCUGCGGGGCCCAGCACUGUGGCCAGGGUGCAGAGACCGCCCUGGGACGUGGAGAAGGCACUCCACCCAGACCUCCCUUCCUUCCUCUUGCCCGUGAACAAGACAUGGUGGCCCGAGGGUUCACUACUGUCUGGUUUCCUUUAUUAUUGCACUGUGUGAGGUUUUUGUAAAUCCUUUAUUACUUUUUUAAUUUUUUUUUAGAAAAAAACCUUAAGCUGCAUUUGUUACUGGAAUGAUUAAUGCACUGAUGGGUCACGACUUCACCAAAGGCCAGUCUGGGGUGGGGGAGACUCAGCUGAGCAGACCCAGUUACUGCUCUGCUAGGCCGAGUACUGUGAGCCCCUUCUCUCCCCCAAACCUGCGUCUCCUCCUGUGGCUGCAGGUGGUCUGCCUGGCCUUUCCCUCCCUGGUUAUAACCACGGAAACGAGAAGUCCCUCCCACAGCUCAGCCUUGAGUUCAUUGCCAAACUUCAGCCAACCUGCCAGGGACUUGGGGAGUGAGCUAAGCAGGCAGAAGAUGGGAUAGCUGCCUCCAAAACACCCAAAUUUGUUUUGAAAGUGAGCUAAGGAGUCUCCUCACAGAAGUGCAGACAGGUACUGCGGUGGGUCACUCCUAAGUCUCCAAGGGGCACCCCACGUCCCUGAGGAGUGACAGGCUGCGACCUGGGUGGUUCUGUGAACACUGGCACCCGCCGGUUUAGCUGCUGUGGCCGCCUCUCCUGGUGGCAGAGAUGGCUGUGUAACCAGAGAAGCUGCCGGCGCUGACCCUUGACCAGAACUCGGUCCCACCACCUUCAGCACAACCCCUCCUGGUUUUAGACCAGUAACGAGUUAGGGGCAGCCCUGGCAGCUGUAUGCUCUGCCCAGGCUCCUUUGCCGCGAUCCGGGCCCCACCCUGCUUGCCUGCAGAUCCCCGGCCACGCGGUACCUGGAUUUCACAAAACACAACAACACAACACAAAAAAAUCUUUUAAUGAAUGUAUCUUUCUAAAGGACUGACGUUCAAUCAAAUAUCCGAAACUACUAAAGGUCCAAACCUUGUCAGAUGAUAACUUUUAAGUUUGAUUUGGGGUAUUUUAGGUUAAAAAAUUUUUUUUCCUUUUUUUUUUUUUUUUUUUUUUUUAAGGAAAAGCGGGUCAUUGCAAAGGGCUGGGUGUGAUUUUGUUUCGUCUCCAUUUUAAAGCAAUACAAGGUGAUUGAGCAGAUGGUUUUAUGCCGAAUCACGAACACCAGUCAAGACUCACUCUCUAAACUUGCAACUUUUGUGUUUUGGUUUUCAAAUAAGUAUAAAUAUGAUAUAUAUAGGAAUAAUAUAGUAAUGCACCGUGUAACAAAGCCUCGUGCAGUCCAUGGCUUUCAUUCUCUUAACACUAUAGGUAGGGGUGUGUUCCAGUUGCUAGUGGCGGCGGGAAAAGCCGCUGGCCCUUCUGAUGCUCGGGAACGGGGAGGCCCGGACACGGGGGAGGCAGACAGCGGUCCCAGCGGUCAGCGACGCAGAAGGUGCCACCUGGAUGCUUUUCUGCCAGUGGAUGUUGCCAGGCAGUAUCUGUACUCCUUGUUUUUCUAUUUUUGGUUAUGAAUGUUGGGGUUACCACCUGCAUUUAGGGGAAAAUUGUGUUCUGUGCUUUCCUGGUAUCUUGCUCCCAGGUACUCUAGUUCUGUCUUUCAACCAAGAAAAUAGACUCGUGGUGUUUCUUUCAUUGAACUUUUAACAGUCUCUUUAGUAAAUACAGGUAGUUGAAUAAUUGUUUCAAAAGCUCAACAGAUGACAAGCUUCUUUUCUAAAAAUGACAUUUCUUGAUACCUUUAUCAUGUAUAACAGAUCUUUCGGUUGUUUUUUUUCUUUCCUUGUGUUCUUCCAAGCUUCUGGUUAGAGAAAAAAGGAAAAAAAAAAAGGGAAAAAAAAAAGUGUCUAAAGUCCAUCAGUGUUAACUCCCUGUGACAGGGAUGAAGGAAAAUAACUUUAAUAGUUCAAAAAAUAAUAAUGCUGAAAGCUCUCUACGAAAGACUGAAUGUAAAAGUAAAAAGUGUACAUAGUUGUAAAAAAAAAAAGGAGUUUUUAAACAUGUUUAUUUUCUAUGCACUUUUUUUUAUUUAAGUGAUAGUUUAAUUAAUAAACAUGUCAAGUUUAUUGCUGCA